UAUGGAUUGGUGUGCCGCGAAAAUUUUGUUGGAGAUGAAAUGUGCCGCAUUGUUAAAAUGGUUGAAAACCACUGAUGUAAGCAUUGACGGUAUCACACAUGGCCGCCGAACUGAAUAAUAUAUUCAGUUCGGUGCAUACGGCGGCUUUGCUUCAUUGAUAAUGUCGAGUCGGUUGUCCAGUCGUGUCCUGUGGAGAUCAAUGCUUCAACCGAGUGCACUUCUAGGAUUUGAUGUGUGCGGUCCAUUAUUUCGUAUGUCUGUGGUGUAAACAUAUUAAUAUAUCAUUUUAAUUCCACCGAUAUCGUUUGCCAAUACAAAAUACAUCGUUAUACAUGUAAUAGGCACGAUUUAUUUGCCACCGUGGAAAGAAUACUUGAAUCGUUUACGCCGUAAUGGCUACAAAUGUUCCUGCUUCCAUUAAGUGUUCUGAAUGUUCUAAAUAUUUUAUUAUUCCACAAGAUAUUCCUGAAGAUACUUCAAAGAAUUAUACAUUUUUAAAGAGUAACAUAAAUCCUGAGGGAAUAUUAACAAAAUGCAAUGAAUGUAUAAACAAACAUACAAUAAAUAUUAGACUCAACCGUUAUAAUCGGAAACCAAGUACUGACUCUAUAAGACCAAAAAAUAGAAUAAAUAUACCAUAUCAAAAUAGUAAAUUUUUGCCGAUAAACAAAUGGAUAAUAACAAUUAUUGUUCUGUUGCUUGCCAUUCUUUCAUUUUUUAUCAUACCAUUAUUUACUAAUAGUAAUGAUUUGGCUAUUACUGUUACUACAUUAAAGUCAACUCUUGAAAGACUAAAUAAUACAUUUCCAUCAUUAAACAAGAGCUUCUUAAAAAAAGUGAAUGGUGGUUUAUUGCGACUUAAAAAACCAGGCGAACCUUUUGUUUUUCUGCUUCUGCAUGAUGAUUCAAACAAAAAGGCUACUGACUGUCUAGCGUCUUACACAAGUUCUAUAGCCAAGAAAAAUAUAUUUACCAAAACUAUGAAGAGUUUAUGGAUGAAUGCGUCUGAAUGGGUUCCAUAUUCAAGUUCUAGUGAUUUAGACUUACUGCAUAAAAAGCUGAUGAAGCCACUCGAGGAAAACGAAGUGUUGAUAUUGGAGAACCUGCAAGACCUGCCGUGGUCGUUAGCAAAUUGUCUCCACUAUCUGUGCGACACGGUAAACCCCAAAUUCGUCCAAGCCAUGUAUUUGCUGGAGUUGAAAGUAAACGUAGACAGAAUCGAAGAAUUGAACGAUGCCGAAAAAGUAGUCAUAGCCGAAGAGGCCAUGGAUAAGGCAUGGUUGGAAGCGCCUCGUUCGUUCAGGGCUGCGCUUAUUACGCGACUGACGUCGUACGUGGACACGGUGUUGUUGAAAUCCGACGAUGAGUGUCCGAAUAAUGCUAUCCAGCCACUGCAGUCGGACAGGCAAUUCAUCAACAUCUCGCCCUAAAACUAUGUACAGCACUACGGUGUGUUUGUGUAAAUAUUCAAACAACUCUUUUCAGUAAAUUAUUAUUAAUAUGUUUAUAAGUAUAUUAUGUAUGUGUACAUUUACAAUAUGUUCGCGAAUACUAAUGUGAUAACUUCGAAUUAAUAUUUUUAAUAUUGAAUAUUUUAUUUACCUGUCUAAUAAAUAACUUUGUAUAUUUCGUA